AUGACAAAUGAUGACUCAAGAUUCACAUCUGAGGCUAGACAAAUGAAUGAUGAGUUGGAGAAAAAGAAGAAUAGUUUGAUUUCUGUUGAAAUGCAGGCUGAUGAUUUUUUGAAGACAUCGGAGAAGAGGCUCCAAGAUGCAAGACUCAAAGCUGAUGAAGAAACUCAGGCGGCUGCUAAUAAGCUGCAGGAGCUUGUUUAUUCCAUGGCUGAACAUAAAGAGUUCAUGGGAACAAUAAUUGCUCAGAGGAGGAAGGACCUCCAUGAAGCUGAAGAUUAUAUAGCGUCUUUGGCAUCUAGGUAA